AUGAAAGAUAUCGCUUUUUUCUUUUUGCCUACUGGAAUACUUUUAUCUAUUUUGCUAUUAAGUGGUGUAGCAAUGCUUCAGAGUUUAGCUAUUUCUCUUCAUAAAAAAAGUAUUAAUUUCCAAAUUUACGAUCAUAAAAUAAAUAUAUCAAUAUCAUCAAUUAUAUCCUUAUAUUCAUUAUUAAGAUUAUCGUGUACAAUUCUUGAAUUAAAUAAGUAUGAUAAUGAGAAAAUAAAUUUUGAAAACAUUAAUUCACUUAAUUUAAAUAGAUCAUAUUUAAAAAAAAUGAGACUUCAGAGAAAUUUCUGGAUUUUAUUAUUAUGUUCAAUAACUUGGAUUUUUUAUAUUCGUUUUACAUACUUACUUAAAUACUAUAGGGAAAAAGUAAAAAAAAGUGAUCAAGAAUAUGAAAAAAUAUUAGAAGGAAAGUUCAGGGAUGGUGAAUUAGAAAACAGAGAACUAAAACAUACAGAUGAAAUAAAAGGUGAAGAUAAAGUAUUAACAAAAAAAAAUGAAUCUAAUGAAGCAGAAGAAGAAAAUAAGAGUGAUAAAGUAGAAUCUUCUAUUCUUACUGAUAAAAAUAAGAAAAAAGCAGAAUUAAGACAAAGGCGUUAA